CGUUAAUGAAUAUCUCAAAAUCAAAAAAUUCUGUUCCAUUAGACAAGCCUAUCAAAAGUCCUUAGCCAGACAUAUUAUCUAUGCCUAUCCAACCUUUAAGAAUUGAUAUGCUUCUCAACUCCAAAAAUAAAUUGGAAACCCAACAAUCAACUAAAGCAUUAGAUAUUGUGAAAUAAAUGCAUCAAAGUAGCACAGGAAAUUUAAGACUUGAUACAUCUAUUAACAAAUCCAAAGAACAUUUAUUAAAAAAAACCCCUACUAAAACUACUGCUAGUUUUCAUUAUGAUAAAACUCCUGAUAAUUCCUAAAUUAAUUAAUCUUAUAGUCCUCACACUCAUGCUUGUUUAAAACCACAACUUAAAUAAUCAGAAGAUUAAUUAAAUGUAAAGAAUGUCUCUUCUUAAAAAUCAAAUUUAUUAAAAGAUCAAAGCGAUAGAAUCGAAUAACUUAAUAUAUAAUUGAAAGAUUUAAAAUAAUAAUUAACACAAAAAGAACAAGAAAAUUAAAAAUUACAAGAAACUAAUAUUUGUUUAAAUUAAGAUAAUUAAAAAUUAUAUUCUCAAACAGAAGAAAUGUUAAAGGAUCUUGAAUUUAUGAGAUCUAAUUUUGAAUAGUAAAAUAAAGAUUUUAAUCUUUUAAAAUAAUAAAAUCAAUAAUUAUUAGAAGAUAUGAAACUAUUAAGAAGCGAAAGAAACAAAGUGAUUAAUAAUAACAAUGAAUAAGUUUUAAAUUAAAAAAAUAAAGAAAUCUCUUAAUUAUAAAAUGAAUUAAAUGAACAUAAAUAAUUAUUAUUAGCUAAAGAUUCAUCAAUUCAACAUUUAAAAUAAUAAUUUGAAAAUCUAGAAUAAUAAUAAUAUGAUAUCAUGAAUAAAUUAGAAUAAAAAUAAGAUGAGUUAUCAACUUAUAAGUAAUAACAAUAAUUAAAUAUUUUAAAUCAAAAGAAAAGUAAUUAAUUUGAAUCCUUAUCAAGAAGAUCUUCUGUUCAAAAUGAAGUUUUAUUUUAUCAGGCUCAAUUAGAGCAAUUACAAAAAGAAAAAGACAUAUGUGAAUAAAAAUUAGUUGAAAUGCAAACUGUUAUAAAUCAAUUUUUAUUAAAGGAAAAGAAAUUAAAUUAACCAUCCAAUAAUUCUUUUGUCUAGCAAAAAGAAUUUAAUAAAAUGAAAUAAAUUAUUUAAAUCUAAAAAAGAUAAAUUGAAUCAUAAUAAAAAACUAUUAUGAAUUAACAUUAUGAAAUCUAAAAUUUGUAAACUUUAUUGUAUUGUUCUACUGAAUAAGACAGUUAAUUUAAUAAAAAGACAUUUGAUUCAAAUGAUCCAGAAAAAUAUUCACUCUAAUCUGCAGAUAUGUAAAUAUAAUUAUAAUAUCUUCUCUAGAUAUCAUAUAUAAGAAAAAGAAAAUGACAGAAAUGGCUUUAGCGAUAAUUUAGGAAUUCAUCAUAUUACAUUCUAAUAAUAACAAGGAUCUAAAUUUAUUAUGGAAGAUACUUUUAGAAAUUUAGAUAAUGAAUUAAACUCACAUAAUACUUUAACAGAUUGA